AUGAAGACCUUUUCUCUUGCUAUUGCUGCCACCCUCCUAUCUGGAGCUGCAGCCACAGCACGGUUCGACUACAAUACGGCGCCCAAUGGUAACAAGAAAUGUGCCCUCAUCAACGUCAUUAUGGACGAAUCUGGAUCCAUGACAGGUGAUCAAAACUUUAUGAAGACUACGGUUUUGCCAAAAUUGGGACAAACCCUUCAUAGCGCCGCGUAUGGCUAUGAUGAUGUCUUCCUGUGCAGUGCCGGAUUCGGCUAUGGUUCUCCACACUACGCGAAUAAUGCCCACUACUACCACCUGGGUUGCACCAAAAUCACUGCUGGCGGUCACAUCGUUGACAGUGAGGUUGUUAAAUGGUAUUCGGCUGGCGCAACGGAAGAUGGUUGGUAUGCUAUGAAGCAGGGAAUGGAAGACGUCUAUGCUGAGAUUGAAGGUGUCAACCUGCUCAACGAUUGCGGUAGCAUUGACAAAAAUAUGAUUCUGGUUACCGAUGAAGAUCGUGACUGCACCACCUAUAUCAGCAAGCCUUGGCUGAAAUCUAAAAUCUACUCCAACGGCUACAUUCUGAACGUUGUUGUCGACAUCUGUAUCGGACAUGACGGAAUCAACAAUCCUUGGAGCUGCAGGGGAUCAUCCGCCACAAAUGCUGACAAGUUUGGUAUGCAGAUUACAAGUGGGGGUAUGGAUGCCAAUAUUUUCAAAUACGAACCAACUGCGACAUUUGACUAUGUGGAACUGCCUAUGCCGAACAAGCACUAUGACAGCUACGUUUGGCACGAUGCUGGUACCGCAGAUCACUACAGUGAUCUGGUAAUUGAUGAGGCUGGUGCUGUUUGGAAUAUCAACUCGAUGCGCUGUACUCUUCCAGGAAUUGCAGAAGCAUUUGCUGGUGUCUUUGUUAUCAUCAAGGCUCAAGAGAUAUCUGGCUGUACUAAUCCUGCAGGCUGCGAUCCCCGGCCUGAAAUCGGUGGAGAUCCACACAUCACCACCUGGAAGAAUGAGCACUAUGAGUUCCAUGGGCAAUGUGACCUUGUGAUGAUGAAGGAUGAAGACUUUGCUGAUGGCCUCGGACUUGAUCUUCAUAUCCGAACCAAGAUUGUCCGAUACUGGUCCUACAUCCAAAGCGUUGCCACCCGUAUCGGAAACGACAUUAUCGAGAGUGAGGGAACACCAGAUGCUGAGGACGAAGAACCUCACUACUGGUCCUACAUCCAAAGCGUUGCCAUCCGUAUCGGAAACGACAUUAUCGAGAUUGAGGGAACACCAGAUGCUGAGGACGAAGAACCUCACUACUGGUACAACUACGAGUACCAAGGUCAAGCCGAAGAUCUUGCUGGAUUCCCCAUCAUCUUCAAGAAGCAAAUUGCUUACAAGCGUCAAUACAUCAUUGAUCUUAGCCCCAAGUACCCCGGAAAGGACAUUACUAUUCAGCUCUUCAAGGAGUUCGUCCGAGUCAAGCUCAAUGGAAGCCACGCAGUCUUUGGAAACACUGCUGGUCUACUUGGAGACUACAAGACCGGAAAGACGCUCGCUCGCGAUGGUGUCACCGAGCUUCAUGACUACACCGCCCUUGGUGACGAUUGGCAAGUCCUUCCAGCCGAUGGAAAUCUAUUCCAUGCCGCCUCUCCUCCUCAGUUCCCAGAGAAGUGCAUCGAACCAGAAGACCCUCGUGGAGAGCGUAAGCGUCGCUUGAGUGAAUCCACUGUUUCCAUGGAAGACGCCGAGAAGGCAUGCGCUUCAUUGACUGAUCCAUUGGCCGUCAAGGACUGUGUCUAUGACGUCUUGGCAACUCAAGAUGUUGACAUGGUUGGCGCCUUUUAA